AUGUCUCUGUUGGAAGCGAAUAUGAAACCGCCAUUAAACAGAGACACAAAAAAAGACAUUUACAUUGUGAAAGUCAAAGAAAUGAGCGAGAAAUCAUGUUCUAAAAUCGAAAAAGGUAAUCAUUCUCAAUACAAAAACUGUCAAGACAUUUUUCAACAGGAGUUGGCUGCAUAUGGUAGAGAAACGAGCGUGCACGGUUUGAAGCGCAUACUAAGCAAUGGUACAGGACGAGUGGAGCGCGCACUUUGGGCUCUGUGUGUCGCGUCUGCACUGAGCCUGCUCAUUUACUUCAGUCAAUACCUUGCUAAUCGCUUUACUCAAACUAUAUUCAAAACCACCAUAUACUCCACCAAUCAUCCCAUUUACAAAGUACCCUUUCCCGAAGUGACUAUAUGCAACAAGAAUCGCUUGAAUUGGGCGCGCUUGGAAGAAGUAAAGCAGAAAUUUCUGUGGCAUGCACAUCAUAACACUUCGUAUGAGCGGCUCUUCGUAGAGAUUGCCGCCAUGCACGACACAUACUCGUUCGGUUACUUUGAUCGUUUCGCGAAUCUAACAGAUAAGCGGAUAACCGAACUCAAUUACAUCAAUUUCACUGAGGUGGUGCGUAGCAUGACUUGGCGUUGUGAGGAACUGUUAACGGAUUGUGUUUGGCGCAUGCAAGCUAUGAACUGCUGCGACAUCUUCAUAAGACGACGCUCGACUUUGGGCAUCUGCAUGGCAUUCAACUCAAUAGAAUCGUCUAGCGGGCGUUUGAAGCAGGAAGUGGACUCGAAAUGGCCGUGGCGUGUGGGUACUAGUGGUUCGAAGCACGGUCUGCAGGUUCGUACAUUACUCAACGAAGACAAGCAUUCGCCGUACUCGACCACUUCGAAAGGUAUUACGAUCAUGACUGUGCAACCCGAAGUGUGGAGCUUUACGCCUAUCGAUAUACCGAAAGAUGUUUAUGCACGUGUGUACCUCGACGCGUUCAUGAGUUUCUUCGAUCCAGAGACGAGGCGUGUGUCAUCGAAGAAGCGACGAUGCGUCUUUAAGGACGAACAGGAUAGUCCCGACUUUAAAACACUCAACGGACACGUUUAUAUGUAUGAGAAUUGUCAAGCUGAAUGCCAGCAAGAGUACCUCAUGAAGUUUUGCAACUGUACUGUGGAUAUAUUUUUCCCAAUCGGCGCGUACCCAGUAUGUAAAUUGGUGGACCUUCCAUGUUUGGCACGCCACAACCAUCUUGUUCAAUAUUUCCAGGAGUCAAGUAAGGAGACCUUUACGACCAAUCAUCCGGGCAUGGUAUGCAAGUGUUUUUACAACUGUCGCUCGUGGCGCUACAAUAUAAAGGUGCGUACCAGACCUCUGGAACAGAAAGAGCGCUGGAAAACGAAUGAUACUCUGUUGUUGGAUAUAAAUUUCCAACGAGAUUUUAUUAUCGUCUAUAAAACGGAUAUAGUAUACACUUGGGUCGAUUUUCUUUAUAAUUUUGGCAACAUCACUGCGCUCUUUCUCGGCUGCUCUCUCGUCAGUCUUGUGGAGUUGUUAUACUUCUUCCUCGUGAAAGUGCCGCAGCGCCGCUUAUGCAGCCGAAUAGACAACGGUAAACCGCACAAAAAAUUGCCAUAUAGCCGCCCGGCCUUGCGCUCGUACAGGGAACGUAGCGAAAAUAAUUUAAAUUUAUAUAAAAAUGGUUUUAAGAAAGUCAGUAACUAAUUGAUUGGCAAUUUUGAUCCAAAUUUGAGUUGAUGCCAA